GGGCGGGGCCGGGCCGGGCCGGAAGCGGCGGGCGCGCGGGCGGAAGCGGAAGUGGCUGUCCAGGGCCGCCGCCGCCGGCGCCGCGAUGCUGUCGCUGGACUUUCUGGACGAUGUGCGGCGCAUGAACAAGCGGCAGCUCUACUACCAGGUGCUGAACUUCGGCAUGAUCGUCUCGUCCGCCCUCAUGAUCUGGAAGGGGCUCAUGGUGGUGACCGGCAGCGAGAGCCCCAUCGUGGUGGUGCUGAGUGGCAGCAUGGAGCCUGCAUUUCACAGAGGAGAUCUCCUGUUUCUAACCAACCGAAUUGAAGAUCCGAUCAGAGUGGGAGAAAUUGUGGUCUUUAGGAUAGAAGGAAGGGAAAUUCCUAUAGUUCAUCGGGUCCUGAAAAUUCAUGAGAAGCAAAAUGGUGACAUCAAAUUUUUGACAAAGGGAGACAAUAAUGCUGUUGAUGACAGAGGGCUGUACAAACAAGGGCAGCACUGGCUGGAGAAAAAGGAUGUAGUAGGAAGAGCAAGAGGAUCUCUGCUCCAUUUACAGUGGCCUUAAAGAAAAGCCAGCCUGUUUGAAGACACAAGCAAGGGAGCAUUGGGUGAAACGGGUAAUGUUUUUCUAGCACUACCUAAUUAGGUCUGAUUACUUCAAGAUGCCAUUGAGCCCUUGAGUGCCAAGAAAUUAAAGAAGAUUGAUGCUGACAUAGGAAAGAAUAGCCAGUUAUGUCAGUAGAGAGAGAAAGACUCAAAACUAGGCAGGAAGGAAAGCAGCCUGCUUCAGAGCCCCUGCCAAAGAAGGCAUAGGUGAAAACAUGCCCUGGGGGUAGGAUAUUCACUCAGCCCCCACUCUCAUGUCUUCCUUGCUUGGGAGGGGGAAGUCCUAACCCUGUUGACCAUAGUGCUUGGCUAGACAAAACACACUUAAAUGGCACUUCCUUUGUACAGUCCCAGGGCAGUGCUUGUCCGUAUUCACCCUGGAAUACUGCUUGUUCUA